UAGUAAUAACUCUUAAACAACUUAACCUCUUAAAAUAGAGAUACUCACAUCACACCAUUUUUGCCAUUCAAUUAUUACCCUAAAUACACCUUUUCUUUCUUCUUCAUUCUUCUCUUUUUAUACUACCCAUAUCUCAAUUCUUGAACCACAAUAAAACCUUGCCAUUUUAGUUUGUGCAUGGCUCAACUACCACCAAAAGUUCCUACAAUGGCACACAAUUGGCCUUUUCAAACUAUGCCCCCAUUGCAUAACAAUAACAUUAAUAAUAAUUCUUGGGUUGAUGAUUUUCUUGAUUUCUCAUCAGCUAGGAGAAAUUCUCACCGAAGAUCAGUGAGCGACCCGAUUGCGUUCGUGGAGGCCGCUCCGUUUCUGCAGCAAUGCCACGGCGGCGCUAAUUCUAGUAUUGGGUUUGAUAAGUUAGAUGAUGAACAGCUUACUACUAUGUUUUCAGAUGAUAGCGGCGGUGCUGCUGCAUUUGCUGUUACUACAGCGCCGUCUUCUAAUCCGUCUAGUACGAAUCCUUCUACACCGUCUGAUCAAAUCAGCGAAAAUGAAGAUCAGAAGUUUGUCCCACAGGUCGACGUUAACCAAGUAAUUCAGCCGAAGAAUGAACCUGGAGAGGUUGAUAGUUCUUGUGAUACUCAACCACCACCACCUCCUGCUAGUGAUUCUUCAGAUAAUAAUCCUAUUGUGGACCCAAAGAGGAUUAAGAGAAUUUUAGCUAACAGGCAAUCAGCUCAGAGAUCAAGAGUUAGAAAGCUACAGUACAUUUCGGAACUGGAAAGAAGUGUAACCAGUCUUCAAACUGAAGUAUCAGCAUUGUCACCAAGGGUUGCUUUUCUAGACCAUCAAAGGCUGCUUCUGAACGUUGAUAAUAGUGCACUCAGACAACGAAUUGCAGCUUUGGCUCAAGAUAAGAUUUUUAAAGAUGCUCAUCAAGAAGCACUGAAGAAGGAAAUUGAGAGAUUAAGACAGAUUUAUCAUGAACAGAAUAUGAAGAAAAUGGGCAACAACGGAACCGCCCAUGCACCACCGUCAGCGGCGGCGCCACCAUCAACAUUUAACAAGAUGAGUUGCACGGAAGAAGCGUAAGCUUCUCAAUUCCAGUGUUACCCUCAGCUGACAGCUGCGCCUUCACGUGAUGUGUUCCCCAAUUUUUUUUUCUUCCGAUUCUCUUGUGGACCCCUGUGAUAAUUAACAUGAUUUUAGAAUAUUCCUACUUGAUUUAAAAUAGAGGUAGUAAAGAAUUCAUUUGAUAUUUGGAAAAAAAAAUAAACCCCCCCAAAAAAAAAAGCAAACCCAAAAGUUUGCUUUGUUUGUAUUUUAUUGUGACUAUUUUUUUUUAUUUGAUUUGUUGUAGCAUUACUUUGGUGUUAGGGUUGAGAUUGAGUCGAUUUGGUGUCUGAUUGUGAAUCUUGUAUUUUAUUUGGAUGUACAAGAAAAAGGGUUGUUAAUUAGGACCUGCAUAUGGAUGGUGCCAUAUGGUUUGGAUGUUUAACAAUUGUAAUUUGUAAGGGAUAGUAAUUUUUAUUGUUUGAUGAAUUUCAUUGUUAAUUUCCUAAUUCUGGUAUGAUAACUUGUAUACCUUCUUAUUUGUUCUUAAGGAAUGUAAGGACAAAUGAGGAAAGAGAAUAAAAGGAAAAAUUGAAUGAA